AUGACGGCAGCGAGUACGGACGCGGGCGUGUUCCUCGUCGACGACGCCGUCUUCUCGACCCACGAGGUGCGUCGACUGACAAGAGAAGAAGAGGAGCUGCAGUCGGCGGUCCAGCCGCGCGCGAUAGACGAGAUCCUGUACAUUGCGUCGGUCGUAGCCCAGCAGCACCACUUCCCAGUCGAUGUCGUGAAUAACGUGCUCGCGUUUGCCGGCGUUCUGCUCGUGUUCGAGACAGAGACGUCCGAGCACCGUCACGGACGCAGCAAUAUGAACGAGCAGUACUUGCAGUUGCAGAUACCGACGGCCGAACAACUACACGUUCCCCAUGGCGUAGACGUGGGCAAGUGUUUCCAGUUGGUCACGGACUGCGUGUCGAAAGACCAAGGCUGGGCUACAGACGAGCGAGAACAUAAUGGAACGUACCGUAACUCAAGCUCCUGGAUCGAGGUGUCGGUAUCGUCGACAAGCACGGAGGGAGACAGCAAGGAGACCGUUCGCAUGCCAUUGUGGCCAAACCUCCGCGCUAGUCGGACUUUCCGCCACCAUCGCAAGCUGUUCGAUAGCUCCACCGAGCUGCUGGAGCACAUUCGUCUCGGCGAUUGUGUGUCGAUUGUGCUUCGAUCCGAGUAUCCAGGGUGGACGAAUUCUGCAAAGUAUGGCCGAGUUGUCGCCUGCUUUGCUGUAGAGUUCCAGGACGACUUUUCGUUUGCUGACGUUCCAUUCCCAAGUCGCUCUGGUGGUGCAAAGGAGUGCAAAGAUCCUUCUGCGCCUUGCUGUCUUCAAUAA